AUGCAAGCCUCCAAUGCCAAGAUCAACCUUGAUAAAACACAUGUCAUCUCGCUUUCAGGUCAGCCGUCGACACAUUGGUGUACGACUCUCGCCACCUACGGUAUCCAUUUGUGGUACGACCGUUCACGCGACAGUCCUCUAAUCUACCUUGGCUACCCAUUCUCAUCCACGCCCCGUCAACGCGACCACUUCUUCACCGCCAUCCUUCAAAAACACUGGAGCAAUGCCCAAGACCCUUAUUGGUGUUUGUUAUACCCUCGCCUGCGUCCCCGGUUUUUCACUACUCCUAUUUCCAUUGUUGGUAACCUAUGCGCUACCAUGGAUCUUUUUCAAGACAACCUCAUUCAGGCUACCAUCGAUCCCAAGAUCAUCUUACAACUACCCCUGUUGGAUACCAUUCUCAAACCCCCACAACCACACACUGCUCCCGUGGUGUCUGUGAUUGCUGCAGCCUCUCGGCAAUGCAUUCUGGUGUCUGAUGUGCUAAGUUUUGAUCCACCUAAUAACUGCCUUCGUCGAAAACAUCGCAACGAGCUUCCUCGGCGUCGACGCGCCAUCGCCCAACUCGUGAAGCUAUUGGACUCUUGGCAGAUCCUAUUUCGGCCUUUCGUGAUCAGUGCCUGCGCUCCCGCCCCAAUCACCUCAGACGAACUCCUUGCCGCCUCGACGACAAUUGAUGCCCAAUGCUUGUUCCCAUGGUGGUCCUUUGGCCCUCUCGACCUCAUGCUCGCUCGCCCUAGAACGCUUAGACGGCAGAUUCUGGCUGCCAAUCAUCCCCAUGAGACCCCCGCCCCCACCUUGACGCUAUGGGCCCGCUUCUGGUCUAUUUCUUUAACCUCAGUCACCCGCAACUUAUGUCAACGAAACGCAGAUCCUUAA